AUGUCUGCACCGUCGGCAGAUGAAUCCCAGCCGCCCGCCUUCAACUACGUCCUGGGCUUCCUGCUGGUCGGCAUCGCCUGGGGCUUCACGACGCCCUUUAUCCGCCGCGCCGCGCGCGACCACGACCCUCCCGCCCAUCCGACGCUAGACCGCGACGACGUAAAGUCGAGCUGGCUGAAGAGCAAGGUGUACGGCGCCUUCUUUGCCGUGCUGGACCUCUUGAAGAAUCCCCGAUAUGCCGUACCGCUCCUCAUCAACCUGACUGGCAGCGUGUGGUUCUUUUUGUUGAUCGGACAGGCCGAGCUGAGCUUGACGGUACCCAUUGUGAACACUCUCGCUUUUCUAUUUACGGUGUUAGGAGACUGGUGGGUUGAAAAGAAGGUCAUUGAUAGAAAUACGUGGAUGGGAAUGAUCCUAUCCUUGGGCGGAAUCGCGUUAUGUGUACAUAGCAAAUCAGGCUGA